AUGAAAUUGCUACAACGAAUUCGUGAUUCAACUAUCACCGGCUGUUCGAAUAUUGAGGAAAGAGCUUAUGUAGGUUUUUUUUUCAAUAGUUGCUUCAAUUAACUCUUCAUCAGGAUGGCGAAUAUUGGUACAAAAUUGAUGAAACCUGGUAUGCUGGUACCAAUGUGAUUAGUCUAUCGGUUGGUUCAAUAAGAGAAGGGAAUAAUAAUAACUUUUUAAAGGUUCGUGGUGACCCGGAACAAAUGUACACCCUCGGCGCUUUGAUCAUUUUGUGGUUUGAAAAGGACAAAAGCCACAAAGAAUACGUCAAAGUGGCGUCAACACGAGGCUUUCAGCCCAUCAACCGUGGGGACAGGUUUCUGAAAUUUCAGAGUCAAACGAUGGAAGUUUUGAAAAAAAAUAGGAAUUUAUUUAAUUAUUAGGCAUUUACUAUACUAACAUGUGAGUCUUUUUCUUCUCCAUUCUUCAUUUUACAAGUCUAUGUUUUAAGAGUUUUUUUAAAGAAUUUUUUAAUAUUAAUAUGGAUUAGAACAGAAACAAAGUUCAGUGAGUUUUAGAAACUCUAUCCUGGACUAUUUGGACGGAAUGACUGCACGCAAUCAGUUUCCCGACUCGUACACGAAAAGAGACGAAGUAUUCGAGGUGAACUUGAAGACGCGCAGGACUAUUCCGAGCAUCAAGUCUGAAAUAGUGUGGGUUGUUUUGUGGAAAGUUCAUCGACUUACAUUACUUACAUGUCGUCGAAUUCACUUCUAGGGAUGGAAAUCUCGCAUAAUCUAGAUGGGAAAUCGUGAACGGUUCCCUCUAUCUUUAAGUUUUUAACAUUUUUCUAAGUUCGUUCUUUCAAAAGUUUCAGCAAAGACUUUUGAACUCAUCAUUUGAAGUCAGGUUUUUUCGGAAUCAAAAAAAACCAAUUGGAAGGAAAACUUUUUUACGACUUCAAAAAAGAAAAUGUAAUGUUUAGAACACCGAGCGGUUAUUAUCGAAAAGAUUCCAGAGAUUCUGAGGAGGAGCCCGAAACCAAGGCGAACGUGUACCGCGCGACGGUAGCGGAGAAAAUCAAAAUCGAGGACCUGCCUGAAUUCGCGCAGAUGCGCCAGAAACGUCUCCGGCAGCUCCACGCGCGCAAAUCCACGAUCGCCGCCGUCGAACGCGCCCGAUCCCCCACAGACAUGUCCGUUGUCGAGUUGUUUCGUGUUGAACCAAUACUUUCCGAGUAAAAAUCGGACUUUUUCCUAUAUUCUCUUCAAAAACGUGAGAAAUGCAUCCGCUGAAUCAUCCUCUCGAGUCUAUACUUUUGGCCUUUGAAGUUUUUUUUUUUCAAAUUAGCACCUCUAAGGUCCCAACAGUCGUUUUUUAACAAACCGUGCAAGAGUACAUCAUUUUAAGCUAUUUUUUGCUUCGGGUCAUUUUUUUUGUCUUUUUUUUCUUCCAAUAACCGCUCCAUUUUUUGGGAGACCCUUUGAAGAUUUGCAGGAAAAUUAUUUAAAAAAAAGGAUUUUUAAACGAACUUGCUCAGCAAUGCGAAUACGGUGGUGAGAAAUGUGGAACGGCCUCGGCUGGCCGAAAGAACUUGGCGAAAUCGCACCACAAUUAUGGGCUCCAACAAGAGUUUCCUCAGCAUUCUCGACACUCUGCAGGCUAUUAAGGUCGAUUUCAGAAUUAAAAAAAACAAUGAAAAAAAAACUUUCCAAUUGUUUUUGAAGUUACAGACGCGUGGUAAUCCAAUCAUAGACGUUUUUCAGGAUCGAGAAGAAGGUACUAAAAAAGUCCCGGCGGAGAAAGAAAAACCGCUGAAAGUUCGUUCGGAGGACCAACCUUAUAGUCGCUAUGCACAGGAACAGUUCAACAGGGUUUUCAAUCUUGAAAUCAAUCCAUGACAUUCAAAAUAUUCAGACCUUUCCUUUCGAAGAAAAACAUCACAGUUUUGCCAAUUUGCCUUUUGCCACCGCCAUUUCCGAAGUAUUGUCUCAGCGUGAGUUUUAUAAAAUUUUUUUUGCAUGAAAAGGACAAAAGUUGAUGUUUCGAAUAAUAAUUGUUUCUCAAAUUGAGUGGGCGUUUUUUUCCAAUUGAACCGUACCUUUCCAAGUUUUAUCGAAUAAUUUUGACUUUUUCAAUUGAAUAGUAUAUUCUCGCCAAACAGUACAGUACUUCAUUCGUUUCGUGCACUUCUUACUGUCUAAGAAGCAAGUUUCAAGGAUGAAAUCAAAAAUUGAAACAAAAUUCUAUCUGAUAUUUCUCCACUCUGUAGUAGGAUAAGUGCAGGAAGAAGAAGUCAGCGAAUCGUCCCUCUUGCAUCAUAACAGAUAUUUAUUCAUUAAAAUGUUUUCUGGAUGAAAGCCAACAAAUGUGCUCAGCGUCGGAUGGAGCGUCCUCGAUGAAGGAAGAGAAGCCGUUUGGCAACGCCUCGAAACUCAUCAAAUUCGAGGUGUUUUCGCCACCCAAAAAUGUGCCGAAAAGCGUUCCGAGAGCCAAACAUCGGACUCCGAUCAUCGUCGUUCCGCCGGCGACCUCUGCCACGAUUUUGUCGCUAAAAAACGUGGCCUCGCUUCUGGAGGUCUGUUCUCUUUGAAAUGCGCGCCGAGCAGCAGGAAGAUAAGGCGUCUCGAGCAGACUUGUGCGGCGUCGCCUUAUAAGGAAAAGUAUGGACUAUUUGUGAAAUUACGUGGAAGAAAAAUCAAAAUUUUCAAGAAAUGGAAUUAAAUUUUUGCUCUUUUUACUUACCACUCAAAACAACUCUACUCCUCUCAAAACUAAAUGAAACCGCUUUGAUGGUAGGAAAAAGAAACUUAUAAUGUGAGUCCUGAUUGUCGGGAAAGAAAUGGGGAAACAGUUUGGAUUGUAGGACAUGAACUACACGGACAUGCACGACUUGGUGCCCGGCAGCCUUGUCGGCCGUGCGCAGCGGAUCAUCCAGCGCAAGCGGAGCGGCAAUGAAAACGUCUCCGGAAGCGUUCCUUACCUCGUCAUCGACGACCCCACGAAACUCCGCAAGGAGGACUGGGACCGCAUCGUCGCCGUCUUCGUCAUGGUCUGUCCAGUCUUCUUCGACUUAUUUUGUAGAUGACAAGAUCAAAAAUAUGUUUUCGACAAAAAGUCUCAGCUCAAAAAUGUUGAAACUUUGUUCAAUAUUUUUCCUGUUUUAUUAUUUCUCUUUUCAAGUUUUUUUUUUGAACGAUAGGUUUUCCAUGUCUCUUAUUAAAAAAUUGAACAGUUCAAAAAAAAAAGAGAAAGUUUAUUCAAAAAACAACAAGAGACAACAAAAUUGCAAUAAACUUCUGAUUUUUUUUCCUGAUAAAAUUUCAUCAAUUACUGAUGAUCAUUCGAACGAGAAUAGACAAAUUAACAUGAAAUAAAUGAAUAUUUUACUCACUGUAAGAGGACGCACGAAGUCUUUAUUUAAGUGGCCAGGAAAUCAUUUGUGCAAAGCCGACAACUAUGGCUAGAUUCUAAGAAAAUUGGUUGUCAGGGACCCGCCUGGCAGUUCAAAAACUGGCGAUGGCAGUCCCCAGUCGAGAUAUUCACGAAGGUCCCUGCAUUCCAUCUCUAUUUCGACGAUAUGAAGGUUCGCUUUUUCUGUUGGAUCAAAUAUUCUGUGUCUUCAGUUUUUUUAUUUUUAUUUCAUACCUAUAGAUUUUUUUCGUGUUGAAAAAAAUUUGCUGAACUUUUUGAAAAUUCCUGUUUCCAACCUUUAUACGCUGUUUUUUUUUAUUUAUUCGAAUAAAUAGUGGAAGGAUUUGCGACGGUUGACAGGUGCACGACAACGUGACGACGUGGAACGUCACGCGGAUUCCGAUCAACCGCCAUAAAAGGCAUCUGGACGCCUCGCAGAUGCUCAAGUUCUGGGAGAUUGUCGAUCGUCACAUCAUGAAAUCUGCUUCGAAUCUCAGGUUCUGA